UCCCUUCCAACUCUGUUAUUAUAUAUUCAAUGGGGCAACUUCCCUUCAGAGGUUGUGGGUGUUCCAUCGCGCGAGGCUUUUAAGAAGAGUCUAGAGUAGACAGCCGCUUGUCUGAAAUGGUGCAAUAGGGUUUCCUUCCUGAGCCGCGGGUUGGACUAGAUGAUCUCCAAGGUCCCUUUCCAACUCUUGUUAUUCUAUAUUCCCAUGGAGCAGACAUUGCCUUCAGAAGUUGUGGGAACUUCAUGAGAAGAGACUGGAGUGCCAUCGGCCAGCAAUGGUGUCGGGUCCCCUGCUCGGGUGCGGGGGGGGCAGGGGUUGGACUGGAUGACCUCUAAGGUGCCUUCUGAUUCGGUUAAUCUGUUUACGGUUCUCUCCCGACCCUGAGCCUCAUGUUCCGGUCUCGGAGAGCCAGCUUGGUGCAACGGCUUUGGAGAUUACGCUGCGCGACGCCCGGCCUGGAGGACAACCACGGGACCCUGAAACCUGCAGCCCAUGCGCUCUUCAAGAAGCUGAAGGACAAGGAACUGGAGCUCUUGCUGCAGGCGGUGGAGAGCCAGGGAGCCGGAGAAUCGGGCUGCGUUUGGGUCGAAGCCCGCGGGGUCAAGCCCAGCCCGUCAGCUUCGCUCCUGCUCUGCCGUCUCUACCGCUGGCCGGACCUCCGCCAGCCGCACGAGCUGAAGCGGUUGUGUUUCUGCAAGAGCGCCGGGGGUGACGCCGCGGCGGUCCAUUGCUGCAACCCGCACCACCUUAGUCGGCUCACUCUCCCUGAGACCCCCCCGCCGCCCUAUUGCAAAAUCUCGCCUUUUUCUGCACCCCUGAAGGGCAGCCACAUUUUAGAAAACUACUGCAAAGGAUGGCAAGACACCACCCUCUCCCGCUGUUCCCUGAGAGAUGGCUACUGGUGCAAACUGGCUUACUGGGAGUAUCGCCUCCGGGUGGGGAGACUCUACCCAGUCCACGAAGAUUACGUCUGCGUUUUCUCCAACCUUCCCAACGGCAACGGGCUUUGCCUGGGCCAGCUAGCAUCCCGAAACCGCAGCCAGGCUGUCCGGCGAACCCAAGCUAAGAUCGGACGCGGUUUGCUACUCAGCCAAGAAGCCAACGGGGUUUGGGCGUACAACCGAAGCGAGCACCCUCUCUUCGUCUGUUCCCCCACUCUGGGGCCUGUGGGGAGCUUCGCCCCUCCUCCGGUUCACAAAAUCCAACCUGGUUACUCCAUCAAGGUCUUCGAUUACGAUCGGGCCAUGCACCUAGCAAGCAGGCGCCCGGGCGCCGGCGAAGGGCCCCACGAUGGGCACACGAUCCGGAUCAGUUUCGGGAAAGGAUGGGGUGCUUCGUACACCCGCCGGUUCAUUACCUCUUGCCCAUGUUGGCUGGAAGUGCUGUUGAACGCCCCAAGAUGAAGCCGUUGGUGGGGUGGUGGUGGUGGAAAACAACCCAACGCAGGAGGUUGUGGAAAUGCACCACGUGGCCCCCCUCCCCCAGCCAACGUAGAUUAUUCGGAGAGACAAGAAACUAAACUUCCUUUGCCAGAGAGGUCUUAAAGCUUUCAGGGGCUCCCCACUCACGAGCCCCCACCUUUCUUCCGAAGUACCUAUUGCUUUUGCCACCUAAACGCAGGUAGUCCUCGAUUUACGACCAGAAGGUCUGUCGCUAAGCAAGGCAGUUGCUCCGUGAGAUGCACCCAUGUUGCUAAGCCAGACAUCUGCUAAGCGAGUUUUACCCUCCCCAUCUUUGCCGCACUUUUGUCCAGGGAAAUCCCUGCGGUUGUUAAAAGUUAGCCGCAUGGUCAUUAAGUGAAUCUUCCCCUUUGACCUGGCUCAUCGGCAGGUCACAAAAGGGGAUCGUGAGACCUUCGGGAUGCUACAGCCGUCGUAAACAUGAGUCAGUGGCCAAGUCAGUCUGAAUUGUGAUCACGUGGGAUCCCACAACACCCGUCAGUGCGAAAAACCUAAAUCCCCCUUUUUUUCAGCGCCGUUGUAACUUUGAACGGUCACUAUAAACGAACGGUCGUAAGUUUGAGGACUGCCCGUAUGCGGUCCUAGCGCAGUAGCUAACUUGAUAUAGAAUCGCCCCGUCUUCUUCCUUCUGGAGCCGAACGUUGAAAACGAGAAGAAAAUGUCAAGUUUUAAGCGGGGAAUGACGAAAGAUGAGAACAAUUGGAAAGACGGCGGGAAAUCGAUCGGUUAUCAGGUGGUCGAAACAUUAAAAUGUUCAAAUUUGUGGAUGGAGAAAUCGUAAGUUGCUUUGUGGUUUGAGAAGUUUCAGAGUUUGGAUAAGAGAUAAAGAUAUCUGUGUUGUGGGAAAUUAAGGAAUAUAAAAGACGUAAUCACGAAAUCUCCAGAACCGUAAAGUCUACAAACUUGAAAUUUGCCAUAUAUGUUCCUCUUGGCUUCUAGGUGCUCACUAAGAAAGGAUUUUUCGAAACGACCAUCGGAGCAUUAGUAUUUUCUAUAUUAUUAUUAACACGCUCUGAUGCUAAGGAGUUCUACUCCCCCUCCCCACCUCAAAAGAAAUCGGUUCCGAAUGCAAAAACACAAGCAGAGGAGAGGAGUUUCACUUUCAGUUUUACUUUCACAGCAGCAAGCGGCUUUACUACAGAACAGUUGAGCUAAGCCACGCCCAGCCUCCUUCCUGUCUUCUUCGUGCUCACACAGCAAAUACUGUUUAAGUUUCCAAACACCCCUCAACUGUCUCACACACUGACAGGAUGCUAGCCAGAUGAAUACCGAUGGAUGCUGCGGGCUGGGACAUUGUGCUCCCAAUCCUCCUCUGUUCCAACUGCCAGUUGCAUUAUAUUAACACACUCCGAUGCUACGGAGCUACACAUUCUACAUUAAGUUUCAGGCUGCAAGUGUCAAUUUAUGAAGCCCGAGCACAUAGUUUCAUAGCAAAGCACGGACGUCCAGCUAGUAAGGAAUAUUUAGGACUGAGUUUUCCUUCUGUAUAUCUUUAAUUAAUUAAAUUGAAUUAAAUUGCUUUAAAAAACAAAA